CCAGGCAGUCGGGGUGGCCCCUUCCGGCGGUGGUGAGGAUGGCGGCGGAGAACCGCUGUGAGUUCCCGGUCCCCCCGGCUGGCGGCCUCGGCGCGGGCGGGCCCUGCCGUCGGUGUAGCUCGGCGCCGCUGCCCGGCGCGGGACCCGGCAAGUGGGUCAGACUGAACGUGGGGGGCACCUGCUUCCUGACCACUCGACAGACGCUCUGCAGGGACCCUAAGUCCUUCCUCUUCCGCCUCUGCCAGGCCGACCCCGACCUGGACUCGGACAAGGAUGAAACAGGUGCCUAUUUAAUAGACAGAGACCCAACCUACUUUGGGCCAGUGCUGAACUAUCUCAGACACGGAAAACUGGUUAUUAACAAGGACCUAGCUGAGGAAGGUGUACUGGAAGAGGCUGAAUUCUACAAUAUCACAUCUCUAAUAAAACUGGUAAAGGACAAAAUAAGAGAAAGAGACAGCAGAAUCUCUCAGGUGCCAGUCAAACAUGUAUACAGAGUGCUGCAGUGUCAGGAAGAGGAACUCACUCAAAUGGUUUCCACAAUGUCCGAUGGCUGGAAAUUUGAACAGCUGGUCAGUAUUGGUUCUUCCUAUAACUAUGGCAAUGAAGAUCAGGCUGAAUUUCUGUGUGUUGUCUCUAAGGAAUUGCAUAACACUCCUUAUGGCACAACCAGUGAACCCAGUGAAAAAGCAAAGAUUUUGCAAGAGCGAGGUUCCAGGAUGUGAAGACAGUAUUGAACGGUGACAAUUUUUUUUCUUUUAUUCGAAGAUGCAGUGAAUUGUCACACUGAAGAGGCUUGGCUGCAAAAGAAAAAAUCUGAUUUAGACAAUUUUCUGUUGAUCUGGGUUCAACCAUAUUUGCCUAUAAGCUGGUGUCAACUUCUGGAAGCAUUGCAAGAUUACAUAAUGGGAAUAGAUGGUGUGGGAGUGUGUGUUAAGUUUUGGUUUUAGUGCAUGGUUGUGCUUUCUUGUUGGCUUAUUGACACUGGUCAUUUGAAAAGAAAUGACCAUGCACUCAUAUUUUCCUUGGAGACAUGUAGCACUUAAUGUCCGGUGCUGGAUGACCCAAUGUUGAUCAGUUUGGAGACCUUUUCCUACUAAUCAUUGUAAACCUUAAAAGGACAAUGUAAUUGGUGCUACACACACACACACACACACACACACACACACACACACACACACACACACACACACACUUAAACACACAUGCACACACACACAAAUGUUACAGCCCAGAAAUGCAAGUAUUUGGGCAUACGUUGUUUCAGAAUCAAUGUCAGCCCCAGUUGACUGUAUUAUACUGCACAUUCCUUAUGGUUCUGUGACAUAAUCUAUUAUGUAAUAACAGCCUAGGAGAUCAACUGAAACUAGCAUGUGUAAAAGUUACACAACAGAGAAAAGGUUUCUCUGAAGGGUGUAUAUAUUGACUGGAUGUAUAGCUUCUUUUAAUACCCAAAGGGAAGACUAAACUCAGAGAAAGUGGCCUUCCUCUGAGUUAUUCUUGAUGUUCCCUCUGUUAAAACAGUCUCAUGCAAAAGUUACGCUCCAGUCCUGGUGACAUGCUUGAAAGUGGAAUCAAAAUUCACUUAAAACGACCAACUGAACAUUCUGUUUCUUUGGAGGUGUUUGUACUCAUAUGUGUGUUUCUGCUUCUAUAAAAUGCCUAUAAGCAUUGAACUGUGGAGUAGGAUAGAGAUUUUUCUAGACCUGAAGGUUUUACAGAAAUACAGCUGGCUAGUCCUAGGUCCCUGUCUCUAUGACUUGGAUUAAAAUCAACCUUAGUAUGAACAUAAACUCAUCCAGUUGAAAAACCUGAUUACUUUGGAUAUUCAGGAUCCCUGUAAUCAACCUUUCUCUUUCUAUACAGUUUCAGCUAUGCAGUUUUAAGAACAGUGUCUGAACAGAAUGUGGUGCAGUUUUGUUAGUUUGUCCUUGAUGAAGGCUAAUACACAAGACACACACUAUGCUUUGAGAAAAAUCUUCAGCACAUCUUUAAGACACUUAACGAAAAAGAAAGUAUAAAACUUGACUUCAUUGACUCAUGGAACCAGUGGAAGGGAGUUCAAAAAGCUACAAGAAUGGUUUUAAAUUCUAAAGACAUUACAGUUUUCUUUCUUAGUAAUUUCAGAAUUUAUGCACAUACUGUAUUUCAAACACCCAGGGUCUACUUUUUUUUAAUUAUUAUUUUAUUUUUUAAAGGACUUAGACAUUGAUAAAAGUUUGGCAAAACAAUUUGUAAGAAACAUUUCUACUAAACAGAUUAAGCAAUGGGCUAAAUGUUUUGUCCGUGUGCCUAAUGCUUGAAAGGAUUUGUAAUGCAUUUUGUGACCUGGAUGUGGUCUGCGCGGGAAGCUGCUGGCCCCUCCACAACACAUACAAUUUUUGUCUUUUUUUAAGAAGUUAAAACUGAAUUUAAUUUACUAAAACUGUAAUUGUGUAGGGGGAAAUGUUUAUACUUUUAUACUUUUUUAGGUACCCAUAUUUUAUCAGCUUAAAUUGAGCACAGAGAUGUCCCCUAAAUAGUGAUGGAUUAUCUUGUGUAUCUGAAAAUAAGCAUAACAAUUGUCUGUGUUAACUGCAUAUUAAAACAUUUCCUCUGCUGCAGUAGUCACUGUGUUUUUAAGCAGUAUGACUCCACCAAAAUCUCUGAACUGCCCGGCUCAUUGCAGCCAAUUGCAGCCAACCAGGUUACUUGUUGUUUUCUUGAUGUGCUUUACAGAGUAAUUCAGCAUUGAUCUAAGUGGAUUUUAAUGCCUAAAAUACCAGUUUUACAGUGAUCUUCUGAAUCAGCAUUUCUGUUGCCUCUCUUAUUAAACCUAAAAAGGACAGACUAUUUAAUAAAGUGAAAUUUUCCUGAAUGACAUCAGCAAAGCAUGGGUAACAAACUGAGCAAACUGAACAAAUUUAGAGUAUGUAAAAGAGUGGUUUUUUCUAAGUAUGGGGGUUUUUCUCUGCUGGAAUAUUUUCAGGUUUAAAACCUGCUUCUAUGCUGAGAUUACCUGCAGUUUAGUUUACCUUGUAUCCCUGCCAUAGCUAAUUUUAGGGAAAAGAGUGUUUAGUAAUUUUUUGCACUUUGUUUCCAAUAUCUCACAAAGAUUUUAAGAAGGAAGGAAAAGAAAGAACUUUAGUAGGCAGGUACCUUGAAAAUUAUUUUAAAUACACUGUCGUUUGAGGCCACCUGAACUAACUACUUUCCUGUUCUUGCUAUUGCCAUUUUUGCUUUAAUUUUUGUGAUCGUGCAAGGCUUUCAGAUACAUGGAAGUGCUCUCUUCAGCUUUUUUCAAGGCAUUAAGAAUUUAUCCCUAAAUAAAUUUUGUUUCUUUUUGUUUGGCUCUUGCAGUUUCGAAUAAAGUAAUGCAAGGUAAUUACAUUAGAGUCCAAUCUCCGUGACCAGGCUUGGCAAACAUUGCUUCAUCUGUUAAGCUCUUGCAAGGAGGAAGCAAUGUACCUGUAGAGUUAAAACUGGAUUCCUUUGUUCUUUUUCUGCCGUUUGGAGAGUACCUACCUGAGAAUUGCCUGUGACUGUGCAGAGCUGAGGGGUUCACUCUCAGACUGGAACUGCAAAACUGUACUGCAAACCGCUUGAACUUAACUCUGGACAUACACAGCUCCUCUAUUGUUUAAUCGGAACAGUACUCCAGCUUAGAACUUCAGGUCCUGAGCUUGAUAAGAUCAUAGCAGAAGGAAUAAAACAGGAAGGGAGAGAGAUGAAAUUCCUUAGAGACAUUUACAUGACAAACUUCUUGCAAAACUUGUUUAAAAACAGAAGUUCAAAUUUGCUAUACCAAUUUCUUGCUUUGAGUUAGGAGACAGCAUAUUGUUGGCCUUAGGUUUUCUCAGAGGUUUUUAGGUUUUUUCCUUUAUUGGAGAUGCCAUUUUUAUAUUACAUGCUUUUGACCUCUUCACGUGGCAGGUGAAUCAGAAUUUGUCGGCAAUGAACAAGUAAUACUGAGGCCUCAAAGACAUAAUGUCACAAGGUCCAUAAUAACUAUCCAAACAUAUACUGACUCACCAGCUCCCAGCCCAAAGGUUACCUGUGAUUUUGUCCUACUUACUGUGGGAUUUCCAUGGAUUACAGUUAAUUGCAUGUUUUUAAUUCCAAAGUAAUUUAAUUGUUUGUCAAAGACUUGAUUGAAUUUAGAAGCUUUUUUUGAAUCUUUCCUAAAGUUUCCGUCGAUACAUUCAUGUACUCAUAAAAGUUGGAAAAUGUACUGUUUUUUUUUUCAAACUCAGCUCUCUUGUAAUGAUAAAAGUUCCUUUCAUCCUGCAUUGUAGCAUUAGGAGAAGAUAAUUCUUAAAAAAUGAAGCUCAGUGAAUCCAUCUGACUUUUUUGUUUUGAGAUGUUCUUUAGACACUAGCUGUGUAGCUGCAUUUCUAGCAAUUUGAAUGCACAGUCAUAAUUGAUUAGAAACAGGACUAUUUCCUGCAGAUUCAAAAAUUGAAUCAAUCUCCUUUUUUUCUCAGGGAGGGGUAUUUUUGCGAGUUUUUUCAGGAGAAAAAUGAAAACUGGGAGAUUAAACAAAAGAUGACUUGGUUGCAGGCAUGCAACCAAGGGAACAAGUCUGCUGAGUAGGGUGAUAGUAUUAUCAGAAAUGUGCUUUUCAUAACAGAACGCUAUUCUGUGAACGUCUGUUGAAGUUGUUGAGAGUUGUCAGUCUCUGUUUAAGCUGUAUAGAGCUCCCACCAGCAAAUUAACACACAUUAGUUACAAAUUUUUAUUAAUAUUACAAAAACGAACUUGGAGUGCAAAAACACAAUAGUAUCUGGUUCAGUGGAAUUAAAUAGAAUCCGGAUUAUAAUUACCCAGGUAUACUGGAAUGUAUUCUUUGGGAAGUAUUGGGAGAAGAGUGAAGUUCUCCUGGGCUUUUUGAGGAAGGUGGAAGUCAAAUGGAAACCUGAAGUCUGGGGUUUUGUUCCCUUAAGAUGUGAUAGAAUGAGAAAGUGCCAUUCUCCUAUUUUUAUUCUCUUUCUCACCACAUCAAAAGUUUCAAGUUCUUCAAAUUAACUUUUUCAGUCAUUGAAGUGGUCAUUGAAGUGUCUUUUCUAACACAACAGUUUUGAAAUACUUAAGCCUAAGGAUGAUGCCUAUUACUUUGUUGUAAUUUAGACUGCAGCUGUCUCCAGUUUUGAGGACAAUCUUGGGAUCUUACAUGGGGCUUUGUGUAGAAUUAUUGAUUCUUUAAAUAGUAUGAAUAUUCAGUUUAAAAAAAGAACUGGAAGACUCUCUGAACUCAGUGUCAUGCAAGUUUUCUUUUGUUUCACAAAAAUCAGGAGCUGUCUUUAAAGGCUUCUUAAUGAACAGAGGCUUUAAAGGGCUAAAUAGAUCUUAUUGUCCAGUUUGCCUAAAUGACUGUCAGAAGGAACUCUCCAUUUUCAGAGCAGAAAUGCUAAGGGCUAAAAUGCUUUCCAGGGCUAAUUUGAGGUUCCAGAGACAUACAAUAUCUAGAAAACAAAUAGUCCGUUUUCCUUUCAACUCAUGGAUGCUAAAAUAAUUUUUACAAAUGUCUGAAACAAUUGCAGAUGUAAGUGUUCCUAUAUGGCUUGGAUUUUCAGUAUCCAGAUUGGAUAAGGCCACACUAGGGAAGGCAGUACACCUACCCUCCACUAUAUCAUUACCUUGGCUGAAGUCUAACAACUUUUAUGAACAGCACUGGCAAUAGAGAAGCUUUGAGGAAGAUUCUACCCCAGGAAACUGUCACAGAAUAUUUCUUUGCAACUUUACUUUAGUAAUGUCUACCAAGACAUAUACUUUUCAGAAGUUCAGUGAGUAGAUACUGCUGCCAGUAUAGCUUUCUGGAGGCAUCAGAGGGUUCUCUUCAGGAUGUUGUGUCUUAAUAAGUACUAUAAUGAGAGAAACUUUUUUAAAAGGUAUUUUGCUACUUUUGGGGUGAGUAGAAGGGGAAGAGGUUCUGUGACAGUGCUCUCCUUGCCUUAGAAAGCUGAGCCUACAUUUUGACCUAAGAGCUGUUGUCAUUUUGAGGCCACAUCAUCUGAAAUGAGUAAAGAGUAAGAGUAAAUGUAUUUAUUAUGUACAUGAUUCUUGCUACUUUUGAAGAUUUUCCAAAAGCUUAUGCACAACUUAACUCACAUUACCUUGGCUCAUGUAUACUUGCUAGAAUGAAGGAAUGUUACCAGCCUCUCCACUGGAACUGAAACAAGAUCACCAAACAGAAGGAGUAUCAAAUGGCAGCUUUUUCCACCUGCUUCUGCCCUUAUCCUUACCUCAAUUUAGCUAUGAGAAAUCAACUCCUAUGCACUCUUUAGGAUCACCUACCCAAUUCAAAAAAUGUUCUUUUUUUUUUAAGCUUUUCCUCCAAAUCACUGGUCUCAAAAUUAGUUGGGCAUCAGCUGUUUGUCCUUAUACCCAAGUGGCCAUACUUGCAACUUGUUAUUUCCUGGAUAGUGGAUUAGCAAUAACACUUUAGUUUGUGCCAAUUCAUUAUAUCUGAAGUGUUCUUACUGCAGCAAAAUUUGAGUUAUCAUUUGUUUUUAAAACGUUUGCAUUAACCAAAACUCAUAGCACAGACACAGACAAGAAACCAAAUUCAGGGAAAUUUCCCUGGAAAAAUAUCUGCUAGGGCUUCCCAAAUAAUUUGAAGAUGGUUACAGUUAACCAUCACUUUCAAAACAAACAAAUGAAAUGUGUAUGGGUAUUUUUUUAACUUCCUUUUCAUAACACUAGUGUAUUGUAAACUGCAUGGAAUAAACCUGGUUUUUCCCUUUUAAA